CUUUAAGACCUCUUAUUGUACAAUGGGUACCCGCGGCGUUUCUUGCAAUCAAGGAACAUUGGGAUUCUAGGAAAUUUUCCAUUGUUCAAAUUUCUGACAGGUUCUCUAUAAAACUGUUCAUCAUACCAAAGAAACGCAUAUGCCCCAUUUUAAUUAACGCCGCCACGAACAGUAUACUCUCCGUAAUGAAACGCAAUAUUUCCCAGAGGGUCACAGAGAGCAGUAAUGCCUCCAUCUCGUACCGACUUGGCUCUGGCUCUUCGUCUUUUCUCAGGAGCAGGAGUCUUUCGCCUUCCUUGAGAUCCAUCUCUCCGACGACUGGAUACAAGCCUACGUCUCCGUCGCUCUCACUUUCCCCUUUAGAGCUCUCGCGCCACCUUGAGCGCCUUUCCAUUCUCCCGCCACCGCCCAGUGCGCAAGGCUUUCCUGAGCGCACCUUCUUUCAUGUCUGCAGCCCCCCUCCCCCUGCUCUGUACACUAACCUGCUGCCCUCUGACUCGUUCAGAAUGGACAUCCCACGUAUCACUCAUGCCCGUCCCAGUUCAUAUGACAGCAUGAACAAUCUUAUCCUGUCGCAUCGCAGUUGUUUCGAUGUUUUCCCUCCCAUCAUUCCAUCUCUCGCUCUUUCCGAGCCUGAGCCACCUGUGGCUACGCACGAGUAUCCACCUGUUAUCCAUAUACCUGCAGCGGAGGAGGAUCCUGACUUCGUGCACCAGUAUGAGCUUGCUGCUGCAUUGCUCAGUCGAGGGAAUACGCAUCGGAAAUGCGCCAAGGCCAAGAGAUCUCGAGAGAAGAAAGAAUACAUCAAAAGCAGCCUGUCGCACGAGCUCGAAUAAUCGUGGCGCAACAUUUUUUUAUUCAUCUUAUCAGACUCUCCAGCAUCCAUUAUCAUCGUUAUCGGACGUUCCAUCUUAGUUACCGCUUUGCUUAUCGCCGCAUUGUUUUCUCAUCGCCUUGCUUUCAUGUCCUUGUUUUACUCUAUUCAUCGCAUUUAUCUCAGCACUCACCUUAUUGUUCUCCUAGAAGCUGUAGAAUCAGCAGCUACAUCUAAUCCUUGUACUUGUAAACUUUGCUUAUGUCGUAGACAUAAUUGUUAUAUUCCACGGUGUAGAUGUAAG